CCGCAUGCGAAAUUUUCCCGGACGACCUACCCGCCGGACUUCCGCCAAGCCGACCCGAAGACCACCGCAUCGAACUGGAACCAGGCGCACAACCGACAGUACAGCGACAAUUUCGGCUCAGCCAACCGGAACUCGAGGAAUUGCAGCAGCAGUUGGAUUACCUCCCGACGAAAGGUUUUAUCCGCCCAAGCACAUCCCCAUACGCCGCCCCCAUACUGUUCACACCGAAAAAAGAUGGCGGAUUCCGUAUGUGCAUCGACUACCGCGCACUCAACCGCAUCACCAUCAAGUCCUUUACCCGAUCCCGCGAGCCGAUGACCUACUCGACCAACUUCGCGGAGCCAAAUUCUUCUCGAAAAUCGAUCUGCGAGGAGGUUACCACCAAAUUCGCGUCGCCGCCGAUGAUUGCCACAAGACCGCCUUCCGAACCCGCUACGGUAGUUACGAAUACCUGGUGAUGCCCUUUGGACUCACGAACGAGCCCUCGACCUUCCAGAUAACCAUGAACGGUGUUUUUCGCGAACUCCUGGAUAAAUGCGUAAUUAUCUACCUCGACGACAUCCUAAUCUACAGCCGCAGCAAGGAGCAGCACUUAAAGGAUCUUGAUGCAGUCUUCACGUUGCUGCACAAGAAUCGCCUCAUCACGAAAGGGUCUAAGUGCGACUUUCUUAAGCAGGAGUUGGAGUUUUUGGGCCACGUCGUCUCCUCCGAAGGCGUGAAAAUCGACCCCAGAAAAAUCAAAACCAUACAGGAAUGGAAGCCGCCGACCAACCUCAAGGAACUCCAAAGUUUUCUGGGUUUUGUCAACUACGUCCGCCGUUUUAUCCCCAAUAUGGCUGGGUUAUCUGCACCGCUAACCGACCGAUUGAAGGAUCACGAUUGUUUUUGGUGGGGUGAGAAGCAGCAAGCUGCAUUCGAUCAACUCAAAAUCGCCCUCAUGUCGUUGCCCGUUCUUCGCAUCUUCGAUCCCAACCGUCCAUACGAAGUCGUCACCGACGCCAGCGACAUCGCCAUCGGUGCAGUUCUCCUACAGGAUUUCGGCGACGGGUUACAACCAGUCGCCUACGAAUCACGGAAGCUGCAAGGCGCGGAGAAAAACUAUACAGUGCACGACAAGGAAAUGCUGGCAAUCGUCCAUGCGUUCAAGACCUGGCCGUGCUACCUGACCGGAGCUGACGUCACGGUACGGACAGACCACAAAUCCUUACAGUACCUGCGCGCCCAACCGAACCUCAACCCGCGACAGAUCCGAUGGCUCGACUUUCUCGAGUCAAAUUUCCAUUACACCAUCACCUACAAACGGGGGGCCAAUAAUAUCGCCGAUGCCUUGACCCGCCCUACUGUCCAUACCGCCGCGAUACUAAUCGCCCAGUCCAACCCAUUACUGACCGGACUAUUCACCCACGGCUACAGAAUCGAUCCCUUUUUCCGCUCCGCUAUCCAUCAACAACAUACCACCGCUACUGGCCCGUAUUUUCAUAAGCGCGGUACCUCUCGCAUCUGGACAAUCACCGCCGAACAAACUACGCAGCUGUUCCUUGCGAACGUCAUCCGCCUGCACGGACUGCCCUCCGCCAUCAUUUCGGACCGAGACCCAAAAUUCACAUCGAAUUUCUGGCGUCACCUGUGGGACCAAUUCGGCACCAAACUCCAAUUUUCAUCCGCCUACCACCCACAAACCGACGAGCAGACCGAACGCGUUAACCAAACCAUGGAGCAGCUCAUUCGCACCACCUGUACUGACCCAUCGACAUGGGAGAAAUCCCUUCCGCUACUAGAAUUCGCGUAUAAUAACGCGACCUCAGCCACAACCAAUCAAUCCCCAUUCUUCCUCAACUACGGACAGGACCCGGUAGUACCCUCUACACCGAACAUCGAGAAGGUGGGGUAGUGUAAGGAAUUUCCACUCCUUA